CCCCUCCCCUCCGCCAUGGCCUUCGUCUCCGCGACUGCCGCCGCCUCCGCCUCCGUCACCCUCCUCAACUCCGUCCCGUCUGCCGUACGCGCGGGCGCCGGCGCAUGGGCCUGCCCGCAGCCCCGGCGGACCCUCCUGGCUCCGCUGCACGCGGCGAAGGGCGCCAAGUCGGUGCCGGUGGAGGUGGUGCUGGAGAGCAAGGUCAAGGGCAAGAAGAAGAAGGGAUCCGGCGCCGGGAACCUCCCCGGAGCCCUCGACGUCGAGAUCAGGGAGGCGCAGGAGUACCUCGACAGCGACGAGCAGGAACCUGUUCCAGACAAUUUCCCUUUUGAAAUCCUUGACGAAGACGGUAUGAGCGUGGUUAUUUUGAAAAGGGACUACAAGGAUGAGAAGAUUGAGGUCGUUGUCAGCAUGCCUAAUUUAGAAGGGGGCCCUGAGUUUGAUGAUGAGGAUGGUGAGGGCGACAGUGAGAGUGCUGGCAAGGAGGAGGAUGAUGAUGAAGAAGAUGAGAGUGCCGCAGAUAGUAGCAUUUCUUUAAAGGUUGUAGUCUCCAAAGCCUCUGGCCCAAAGCUUGAGUUCACUUGCACAGCCUUCCGUGAGGAGAUCACCAUCGAUGAUAUGCUGAUAGUAGAGAAAACAGAUGAUGAUGAUGGGGAAGAGAAGUUCCCGUACGAGGGCCCUGAAUUCACGGAGCUCCCUGUGAAUGUGCAGAAAGGCCUGUUCAAGUACCUGGAGCAACGGGGGAUCACGCUGCCAGCUACCAACUACAUGCACGACUACAUGGUGACCAAGCAGGCACAGGAGUACAUCCGGUGGAUGAGGAAGCUGAGGGCUUUCGUCCAGCAAUGAGGAACAGAAACGUGAUUCGGCAACAUUGUUUUGGUAGCCUAGCCUUAGUAUGUGUUACAGGAAUAUUACAAUUACGCGAAGCUUAUGACUCUCUCUAAAGGAGAGGGAAAGAUGUAUCUGUCUCGAUGAACCUGUAUCAGCUGGCGAAUCAGGAGCAUGUAGAUCUGUAGCUGCAUUUCAAGAAAAUUAAGAAUUACUGGUUACUUCUAGCUUUAGCUGUUA